GUUUGUUCGACACGUUCUCGAAUCCCCGGUGUUUGAGAAAUACUACGUAAGGCGAGGUAAGGACGAGAAGCUACAUGGCGAUGAUGGCCUAGUACCCUUUGGUCUUAGCUGCCUACUAGCUUUUGCUUCCGCCCGUCAUUACUUGACCUCGACCACCACCGCCCAUCAACAUUUCAUGAAUUCUUAAAGGAACAACAUCCUCAUAUUUGCGCCGACUGCUGACAUCCCUUACAAUCAUCUGCUACCCCAUAUGACUGUGACGAGCGAAAGAGGCCUCGUCAAGUGAUCUCAAUUCAGUCCCUGCUUCAUACAAUCGUCCUGCCUUUAAUGCAGUACCCACAGCUCACUCUCUACCUCGUUUACCACGCCCCCAUCAUCCAUUUCCCAUCGAGAAAAUGGCGUUAGAAAAGAAACUGUCGUCCAAUGGCGACUUGGAUAAACAUAAUGAUACCACUCUCACCAACUCGGACCUGGAAAAUGAUACCACAGCUGGUAGAAGCAGACAUGGAACUAGCGACAAAUCCGUUGGUGGUCGAAUUGCUCCCGUUUUGCCCCACCUGAGAGGUUACGAUUUUGGAAGCGAUGACGAUGGAAGCAAUAUUUUGGGCAAACAGAUUGAGCUGGAGGCUGGAAAUGAUAUUCAGUAUAGGACUUGUAGUUGGCAAAAGGUAGGUUGUGGGUCUAACAUCUAUGCCAGGACAUUUCACUAGAGUCGUGAUGGUUGAGUGUUUACUAAUGGUAGAAUUAGACUGCUGCAUUGCUUUUCUCGGAGUAUAUUUGCUUGGCUAUCAUGUCUUUCCCGUACAGCUAUUCCGUCCUCGGUCUCGUUCCUGGUUUGAUCUUGACUGUGGUCGUUGCUGGCCUCGUUCUUUACACCUCUUUGGUAGUUUGGUGAGUAAAUAUUUGCAACUGACCAAGGGAUCGACUAAAUUAUUCCAGGGAAUUUUGUCUACGACAUCCAGAAGUUAGAGAUGUAUGUGAUAUAGGACAAAUGCUUUUCUGGGGUAAAACCUGGGCUUGGUAUGCAACGGCCGUCAUGUUUGUGUUGAACAACACUUUCAUUCAAGUAAUUAACUUCUUCAUUUCUCCAAUUUCCUCGUCUAACAUCAUCCCCAGGGUCUUCACGUGCUUGUUAGUGCUAAAUAUCUCAACACAAUCACAAAUCACAGCCAAUGCACCAUUACGUUUGCAGUUAUCUCCACCAUAAUCUGCUGGCUCUGUUCUCUUCCGAGAACCUUUUCCGCAUUGGCCAAGCUCGCAACGGCAUCUGCCUUCUUUACUUUCAUCUCUGUACUAUUGGCUGCCAUCUUCGCUGGCAUCGAAGAACAUCCAGCCAAUUACCACGCAGAUCCAAACUAUGUUGAUCCAGUAUCUGGUGCUCAUUGGGGCGGAGAACCAAUUGUGACGGCCAUUCCCCUGCCUUCAACUACCUUUGUGGCAGGAAUGAGUGCCUUUCUCAACAUCAGCUACACCUUCAUCGGUCAAAUCACACUCCCAAGUUUCAUUGCCGAGAUGAGAAACCCCAAAGAUUUUCCAAAAGCACUCUGGGCCGUUACCAUUGCGGAAAUCAUAGUCUUUGGCUGUGUUGGUGCUGUAGUCUAUGCUUUCACCGGAAACCAAUACAAUACCGCCCCAGCAUUCGGUUCGCUAGGAAAUGAGGUUUACAAGAAAGUUUCCUUCUCGUUCAUGAUUCCAACUUUGAUCUUCUUGGGAGUUCUGUAUGCGUCUGUCUCUGCAAGAUUUAUCUUCUUCCGUAUCUUUGAGGGAACGAAACACAAGACUAGUCACACAGUUAUAGGAUGGUCAGCAUGGGCCGGUAUCUUGGCCGCAACAUGGAUGUACGUCUCCCCUCCAUCUCCCUCCUCUUCCCCUUAUGUUCCCAACUAACACACUCCCCAGCGGCGCAUUCAUCAUAGCCGAAGUCAUCCCCUUCUUCUCCGACCUCCUCUCCCUCAUGUCCUCCCUCUUCGACUCCUUCUUCGGCUUCAUCUUCUGGGGCGUGGCAUACAUCCGCAUGCGACGGGUCGACGGGGGCGUCACCUGGUUACGAGAUCAAACGACCUGGGGAUACAUGAUGUUCGCGUUCAACAUCUUUAUUAUCCUCAUUGGACUGUAUUUCCUCACUGCGGGGACGUAUACGACGGUGCAGAGUAUUAUUGAUAGUUAUGCGGCGGGGAAUGUGGGGGGUGUUUUUACUUGUGCUAGUAAUGGGCUUUGA